AUGCUGCACAGUGCCGCCCUCCGCUCGCUGCUGCGCAGCCGCCCUUCCUCUCUGCUGGCGACGCGCCUGGUGCGCCCGUCGUCUUCGCUGAUUGCGCCGCGCAGCGUCCGCUUCGGCGCGCAGAGCUCGUUCGCCAAGAGUCUGCAGGCGCAGACGUUCGCGUCGCUGCCCAGCAGUGGCCACAACGACGACGAGCAGCUGCCCAAGAGCAAGAGCAAGACGGAGCAGAUCCAGGAGCUGCUGGAGGAGAACGCCGCGCUCAAGAAGGAGGUGGAGACGCUCAAGGCCGAGGUGGCCAAGAAGCCCAGCGGCAUCCUGGCCACGGCGCAGCAGUACGGCCUGCCCUUCGUCUUCUGGUGGUCGUCGCUCUACCUGGCGUCGGGCUUUUCCAUCUUCCUGGCGCUGGAGGCGAACCUCAUCUCGGGCGCCGGCAUCAUCGACGUCAUCAUGCAGAUGGGGCUCGACAAGUUCGUCGACCCGACGCGGCUGGACCCCAUGUACGGCAACAUCGCCAUCGCGUUCGUCGCCAACGAGUGCAUCGAGGUCAUCCGCUUCCCCAUCACGCUGGCCACGCUGCCGUACAUCAAGCGCGUCUUCUCGCGCAAGAAAGUGGAGGAGAACAAGUAA